UUGACAUUAAGAGUAGAACCUUUAAUUAGGAAUUUAAAACUAAAAACCCAAGUAACCAUCCUUGGCAUUUAUUACACAGACAUACAGGUUUUCAACAAUUAAGUAGUGAUAACUAUUUUCUCAAUUCACACAGCGCUUGGAACUGUUAGAACUUUGGAGGCACUAAAAAAAUUGUGAAGGAAGAAAACAGAGAGAGAAACAGAGAGUCGAAGAACAAGGUAAACAAACAUAUUUAGUCAUGUUCUCAAAGCUUAUGAUGUUGUAUUUCUUCCUCACACACACAAUAGCGGCUGUUGAAAAUCUCAGUUUCACUUACAACGGAUUCAAGUCAGCGAAUCUGAGCCUAGACGGCAUAGCCUCAUUCACACCUAAUGGUCUUUUAAGAAUAACUAAUGAUACCAGGCAGCAGAAGGGCCAUGCUUUUUACCCCAAUCCAGUAGCCUUCAAGAACUCCACCAAUGGCACUGCGUUUUCCUUCUCUACCACUUUCGUAUUCGGUAUCAGAUCCGUACCGACUCUGAGCGGCCAUGGGAUCGUUUUUGUGCUUGCUCCUACAAGAGGUCUACCGGGUGCUCUUGCAAGCCAGUUUCUCGGCCUUUUCAAUCCAUCCAACAACGGAAAGGCCACCAAUCACGUCGUCGCUGUUGAGCUCGACACAAUCUACAGCAGCGAGUUUGGUGACAUCAAUGAUAACCAUGUUGGUAUUGAUAUUAACGGGUUGAGGUCUGUGAAAUCUGCUCCAGCAGGGUAUUAUACAGAUAACAAUGGCCGAUUUCGAAACUUGACGCUCGUCAGCCGACAACCAAAGCAAGUUUGGGUGGAAUAUGAUGGGGAAAAGAAGCAAAUGAAUGUCAGUUUGGCUCCAAUUAAUGCUGGUAAACCCCGGAUUCCUCUUCUGUCUCUGAAUCAAGAUCUUUCUCAGAUUGUUAGAAAGACCAUGUACGUGGGCUUCUCGUCCUCCAGUGGCUCAGUAUUAACAUCGCAUUAUAUUCUUGGUUGGAGCUUCAAGAUGAAUGGCAAGGCUCAAGAACUUGUCCUCUCUCAGCUUCCCAAGCUACCCCGAAUAAGAUCACAGAAAGACAGAUCAAUAUUUUUAAUAUCUGUGUUGCCAUUGAUUUCUGAGAGUAUAAUUGUCUUUGCGAUUUUGGGUGUCUUUUAUCUAAUAAAAAGGAAGAGAAAAUUUGCAGAGCUGGUUGAAGAUUGGGAGGUUGAUUAUGGACCUCAGAGGUAUAAAUACAAAGAUUUAUACAUUGCCACCAAAGGAUUUAGAGACGAACAACUGCUGGGUAGUGGGGGUUUUGGUAGGGUGUAUAAAGGUAUAUUGCCAAAAUCAAAUUCUGAAAUUGCAGUGAAAAGAGUCUCUCAUGAAUCAAGGCAAGGAAUGAGAGAAUUCGUGGCUGAAAUAGUCAGUAUAGGGAGGUUCCGUCACCGGAAUUUGGUAGCACUUUUGGGCUAUUGCCGGCGAAAAGGAGAGCUCCUAUUGGUCUACGACUACAUGCCUAAUGGAAGCCUAGACAAAUACCUUUACGACCAUCAGGAAACCAUCCUCAAUUGGACGCAAAGAUUCCGAAUCAUAAAAGGAGUAGCUUCGGGUUUGUUAUACCUCCAUGAAGAAUGGGAACAAGUUGUGGUUCACAGAGAUGUGAAGGCUAGUAAUGUACUACUAGACGGGGAAUUCAAUGGAAGGUUAGGAGAUUUUGGGCUUGCAAGACUGUAUGACCGAGGAACAGACCCACAAACCACACAUAUAGUGGGAACACUUGGGUACCUUGCACCGGAACAUAUGAGAACCGGCAAGGCGACCACCGGCACCGACGUGUUUGCUUUCGGUGCAUUUUUGCUCGAGGUUGCUUGCGGAAGAAGGCCCAUCGAACCGAGAAGGCCGUCGACGGAGGAUAUGAUAUUGGUGGAUCGGGUAUUUUCAUGCUGGAAAGAAACUGAUAUUCUCGAAGCCAGGGAUCCGAACUUGGGCUGGGAAUUUAUAGCAGAGGAAGUGGAAUUGGUGUUGAAGCUUGGAUUGAUGUGCUCUCAUUCGGAGCCUGCCGCUCGACCCACCAUGCGACAAGUCGUUCAGUACUUGGAAGGUGGCGUAGCAGCUGAUUUGCCAAAUUUAGACUUGCUUGGUAUUCGUUCCAGUGCCUUAGCGUUUGCUCACCGUGAAGGCUUCGAUGACGUUCUUGCAAUGUCGUGUCCAUCUUCUGUGGACAAGGCUUCGUUGUUGUAUACAUCAUCUUCUGUUGCAGCAUCGCUGCUCUCAGGUGCCCGGUGAUAAAUUUCAAAUAAUAUAUCUAUAUGACUUACGACAUAAGUAUGUAUUAGAUAUACGAAUCUACAUAAAAAAAAAAAAUAUAUAUAUAUAUAUAUAUAUUAGUUAAUUCUAAGAAGAUGGUAUUUCUGUUUGAUCUUUAAUCAAACGAAACCAUUUGGUUAAUGUAUUUAGGCAUGUAC